GAGCCAAACAAAGAUAUGAGGAUCUUCACAAAGCUCUCUGCACCACUCUGCCUCCUUUUUGUCUUCCUCUGUCUUAAAACUGCCUUCUCAUCCUCUAUACAUGCUUCUUCCUUCUCAACAACGCAUCUCUGCUCUCAUGAGGAGGCUCUUGCUUUGCUGCAAUUCAAGACAUCCUUCUCCAUCGAUUACACUGUUCCGUAUCCAGAUUCUUGUGGGGAAAAUUAUUCUAAGAUUGAGUCAUGGAAGGAAGGUAUAGACUGUUGUUCCUGGGAUGGGGUUAGCUGUGAUAAUGUCACAGGCCAUGUAAUUGCCCUUAAUCUCAGCUGCAGUUUCCUUUAUGGUACCUUUCCUUCCAACAGCACUCUUUUCUUCCUCAGAAACCUGCAGAGCCUCAAUCUUGCCUUGAAUGAUUUUAGGCAUUCCAAGAUUCCAUCGGAAAUCAGUCAGUUUACUAGACUAAAGCAUCUUGAUGUCUCUUCUUCUCAAUUUUCGGGCCAAGUUCCGAGAGAAAUUGCUCACCUCCCCAAGUUAGUUUCUCUCAAUCUCUCUAAUUCCUUCUAUGAUGAUUCUCCUGAAUUGAUCCUUGAAACAACUACCUUCAGAAAUCUUGUUCACAACUUGAGCGAGGUGAGAGAACUUGUGCUUAGUGGAGUGAACAUGAGAUCUGUUUAUCCUGAUUUCUUCAUGAAUCUCUCUUCUUCAUUGGCUACUCUUGAUCUUAGGAAGAGUGGGUUAAGCAGAAACUUUCCAAACAGUAUUUUCCGCUUUCCAAAUCUCAAGAAUUUUUAUUUAAGUGGAAACUGGAACCUCGCUAUUGAUCUUCCAGGUUCCAAUUGGAGCAGUCCUCUCCAACGGUUGUAUUUACUUGAUAUGGAUUACGGAGGUUCCAUUCCAGAGUCUAUAGGAGAUCUAAAGUCAUUACAGUAUCUGAAUCUUCUCUGCAACUUGCAAGGUUCCAUUCCAACUUCCAUUGGGAGCUUAUCUCAACUUACUUACCUAUCCCUCUAUUAUAACAAUCUUAGGGGACAAAUCCCAUCAUCACUUACAAACCUCACCCAACUUACCACUCUUUACCUUUCAUGUAAUCAGCUUUCUGGUCCCAUUCCAGCUUCCAUAGGUCACUUAAGGCAACUUACUACCCUACACCUCUAUUCUAACCAUCUUAGCGGACAAAUCCCAUUAUCACUUGCCAACCUCUCCCAACUUACCUUUCUUAUCCUUAUGAAUAAUCAGUUUUCUAGUCCCAUUCCAGCUUCCAUAGGUAACUUAAGGCAACUUACUUACCUACACAUUUAUUCUAACAAUCUUAGUGGACAAAUCCCAUCAUCAAUUGCAAACCUCACCCAACUUAUCUCUCUUGACCUUUCCAAUAAUCAAUUUUCCGGCAUGUUGCCACCUUGGAUUUUCACCCUACCUUUUUUAGAGGGCUUGCAUCUCGAUCAUAACCAGUUUCAAGGUCCAAUAAAUCAAUUCCAGCAAAACUCACUCAGACGCCUAGUUUUGUCAAACAAUAAACUCCAGGGCUCAAUUCCUAACUCAAUUGCUAAUUUAGUAAAUCUUAGUCAUCUUGAUUUAUCAUCAAAUCAUUUUAGUGAUUUAGUAGAAGCUGACAUGUUCUCGGCGCUUCAAAAUCUGGAAAUCAUCUUUCUUUCAGACAAUAAUCUGUCCUUGAGAAUGAAUGUCAAUGCCAACUUCACAUUACCCAAACUAACUCAUGUUUCCUUUUCAUCUUGUAACUUGAGUGAAUUCCCCAAUUUCAUAAGACAUUCAAAUGGUCUGCAAAACCUAGUGCUAUCCAAAAAUAGCAUUCAUGGAAAUAUUCCCGAAUGGAUAUGUGAAAAGGAUUAUCUCCAAAUUCUUGACCUUUCUCAUAAUAACUUGAUUGGGGAGAUUCCAAAUUGUCUUCCUAAGUCUGUCUCAGUGUUGAAUUUACAGGCCAAUUACUUUGAUGGAAAUAUACCCUUUGGGUUUCCAGAGGGCUGUGGAUUACGAAAUCUCAACUUACAUGGAAAUCAAAUGGACGGGCUAUUACCAAGAUCUUUGGUGAAUUGUAGCAUGUUAGAGGUUCUAGACGUUGGCAACAACCGCAUAGAGGAUACAUUUCCUCAUUGGUUGGAAUCUCUACCAGAUCUUCAAGUGCUUGUCUUAAGGUCCAACAAGUUCCAUGGUUCUAUGCAGAGCACCAAAGAAAGUCCAUGUUUUCCCAAGUUGCGUGUUCUGGACCUCUCCAGCAAUUAUUUUGUUGGUGCUUUGCCUGUUCGGUACAUUGAAAAUUUUAAUGCGAUGAUGGACCCUCAUAAAGACGGUGGUUCCCCUGAAUACAUGACGGUGUCGAUGGGAGCCAAUUCUUAUCAAUAUUCACUGGUUGUGACAUGGAAGGGAUUCGACUAUGAGCUGCAGGGAAUCUUGACCAUAUUCAGUAGUAUUCAUCUCUCAAAUAACAUGUUUGAGGGAGAAAUUCCAGAUGUUAUUGGAAAGCUUAGUUCUCUCAAAGGGCUUAAUCUUUCUCAUAACAACCUUACUGGUCAUAUCCCACCGUCGCUAGGGAAUUUGAUGAAUCUGGAAUGGUUGGAUCUCUCUUCCAACGAGCUGGUGGGAAAAAUUCCAGAUGAAUUGGUAUCUUUGACACCACUUUCUGUGUUGAAUCUUUCAAAUAAUCAUCUUGUCGGACGCAUACCACAGGGCAAUCAGUUCAACACCUUUGGAAAUGUAAUUGGACAUGCAACACUUCCAUUAUCCACCCAUGCACAGUAUGCAACUGCCUUUGUGUUUGUCUUCUUUUGUUUUGUUUCUUUCUUUGAUGAUUUAUUAACUUACAUUAUUUGUUCUGCUACUGGAGUGAUCGGUAUGGUAGUUCAUGGUUACUUUCCUGGUUUAUGUUGUGGGUACUUGGAUGAUAUCAAUGUGAGUUUUCAUUCACCUUACAGUGAAAUGCUACCUAGUUUAUUCGGAUAAGUUUGACAAAAUCUUAUUAAAAACAACAGAGGUGGGUGCAGCAGGAGUCAGUUGAUGAUGCUGAAUGUAAUCGCUUUCUUGUUAACUAAGUAGAUUAUGCUUUUGAUGACUUUGGGGGUCGUCAACCACCUGCUUAUCCUGGGUUGUCUACUGUGUGGGGUAGCUUGGCCCGUAGUAAGGUAUAUCUAGCUUUCCCGAUACAGCCUUCUAUUAAUGGUGUUGAUUUCUGUCUGCUUUCCUGCUUUGGUAUUCUUUCUCAGUAAAAUUCAGUAAUGUUG